CAGUGGCCUUUUUAUUGCCAAGUUCAAAAAAAUAGCCAUCUGACGUUCAACUCUGGCCAUAGAGACUUUCUUAGCGGGAAGAAUUGCUGUGCAAAGGUUUAUAUACUGAGUUGGUUAAAGCCAAAGAUCUAUUGCUCUUCUUCAGAUCAGCGCUUCCCUUCCCAACGCAACAAUGGCGGCAUUCAGACACUUGAUGCUUUCUCAAACUGGUUGCCGCCGCCGCUUGUCCCCGUCGCCACCGCACCUCCUUUCUCUUCUCCGCCGCCGCUUCUCCAACGAACCGGCGCAACCGCUUCCCAAUCCCGAGCCCAGCGACGAUGCUCGGAAAUCAACACCUAUCCAGCCCGUUUCGUAUCCAGUUAAGCCUAAACCUCCAGUCGCCGAGGAAAUUCACGAGGAAUCUCCUCCUGAAAGGGCGGCGUCGUCGGCUGUUCCCCCGGAAGCUCGAUCGUGGACCCGAGAUGAAAUGCGGUACAUGAAGGACGCCCCUUCGAUUUCGCCGGUUUCAUACGCCGCGCGGACUGCGCCGCUGCCCGAGGCACCAGUGCCGGCGUCGGAAAAGGAGGAGGAGAAGGGCGAUGGGAAUGCGGAGCUGGAGAGGGAGAGGAGGAAUAUUGACGAGUACAGGCGGCGGGUAGUGCACAGAUUUGCAGAUGAGGAGGAAGAUAGGGCUUUGCCGUUUCCCAAGCUGAUUAAGGUGGAGAAUAACGAUGAAAGCAGUAAGAAAAAAAGUAAGGCUAUAUACGAUCUCAAGGAGGCUAUUAAGCUCGUCAAGGGUAAUUCCAGAAUAACCUUCGAUGAAACUUUCGAAGCUCAUGUUAAAAUGACCCCGGAAUUGCGAAGAACUGAUCUGAAACUUAAUAGUUUUGUGCGCCUUCCUCAUGGUUUUGGUAAGACAUAUCGGGUGGCUGUCUUUGCGGAAGGAGCUGCUGCAGAUGAGGCCACAGAAGCUGGGGCCGAUAUUGUUGGCGGCCCUGAGCUGGUGGAGAAUAUCCGAACAGGUCAAGUCAAAGUAGAUUUUGACAAGUGUAUUGCUACUCCAUCCAUGAUGGAGCAUGUGAAAAAGUUAUCAAGAAAUCUUAAACAAUUAAUGCCAGACACCAAGAAAGGUACUUUGACCAAUAAUAUAUCUCGGGCUGUCAAAGAAGCAAAAGAGCAGAGUGUUCAAUUCAAGAAAGACAAAACUGCGAUUGUACAUGUAGGAUUGGGGAAGCUUAGUUUUUCCGAGGAUGCUUUAAGGGAAAAUGUUGGUGCUUUUGUAAAUGCUCUUUUGCUUGCAAAGCCAGCUGGUUUGAAAAAAAGUUCCAAGUUUGCUGGGUAUAUCGAUUCCUUCCAUAUCUGCAGUACGAUGGGAAGUUCCUUCCGCGUAUCUAUACAAUCCCUGUCGAUGGCUGCCGAUCGCAUCAACAGAUUGCAGCAAUGAUCAAAUUUUGCUGAUUCAUUCUUAUCUUCAUCGUCAUAAUCAUAGUAUGUUUUGUUGUACCCAAAUCCUAUCUUUUCUUUGAUUUGUUUUUAAUGCUGAGCUUACUUUGCUUUUCA